AGUUAAAUUGUGCUGCAUAUAAAAUGGGCGGGCUGCUCUUUACAUUUGGUUGGUACAGCCUAUUUUGAAAUGCGCUUGGAUAAAGUCUCCAUGUACUUUAUUUACAGGCGCUAAUAAUCAACCUAAACCUUAAUUUUGAAAGAGACAUUGCAGCAUUAAGCUAGAUUUGUUAGUUUAGGACAUUUUUCUGUGUUGUUGCUGACAGACUGGGAGAGUUGAACUCACUACAGCAUCACCAAUGAACAGUGAGAGAGACCUGCGCAUAUCGUCAGCAGCCGCUUCUCCAGCCUCUAGCUAAAAUUCGUCAGAUCUGAGAUCACAGAGGAUUUUUUUUCUCAUUCAGUCCGGCUAGAAAAGCUAUUCUGAAAAGUUUGAGGAUAUAGCCAGCGGACACCGAAUAUAAACCCGAUUCAUCGGCACAAUGAAGGGUCCUCAUAUUGCAACCAUGUCUGGACGGGGCAGAGCGACCUUUCUGUGUGUGUGUGCUUGCUUGUUCACCACCACUAGCGUGCAGGGUGGGAAAAGCGCUGAUAGCAUGACAGAAGAACAGAACACUACAGUGUUCACCAAGAUCUUAGACAGCCUUCUGGAUGGCUAUGACAAUCGCCUCAGGCCAGGACUCGGAGAGCGUGUAACUGAAGUCAAGACUGACAUUUUCGUGACUAGUAUUGGGCCAGUUUCGGACCACGACAUGGAGUACACCAUUGAUGUUUUCUUCAGACAAAGCUGGAAGGAUGAGCGGUUAAAGUUCAAAGGCCCGAUGGCCGUGCUGCGUCUCAACAACCUGAUGGCCAGCAAGAUCUGGACCCCCGAUACCUUCUUCCACAAUGGCAAGAAGUCAGUAGCCCACAACAUGACCAUGCCAAACAAGCUGCUGCGAAUUACAGAGGAAGGCACCCUGCUGUACACCAUGAGGCUUACGGUACGAGCAGAAUGUCCCAUGCACCUGGAAGACUUCCCAAUGGACGCCCAUGCUUGUCCACUGAAGUUCGGCAGCUAUGCCUACACUCGAGCAGAGGUGGUGUAUGUGUGGACCAGAGGGGCUGCCCAGUCCGUGGUGGUGGCAGAGGAUGGGUCCAGAUUAAACCAGUACGAUCUGAUGGGACAGAGUGUGGACUCUGGUGUGGUGCAGUCCAGCACAGGAGAGUAUGUUGUGAUGACAACCCACUUCCACCUGAAGCGGAAAAUUGGUUACUUUGUGAUCCAGACGUAUCUCCCCUGCAUCAUGACAGUCAUCCUCUCCCAAGUGUCUUUCUGGCUCAACAGAGAGUCCGUCCCUGCCAGGACUGUGUUUGGAGUGACCACUGUCCUGACCAUGACCACACUCAGUAUCAGCGCUAGGAACUCCCUCCCUAAAGUGGCCUAUGCCACAGCUAUGGAUUGGUUCAUCGCCGUCUGCUACGCCUUUGUCUUCUCAGCCCUCAUUGAGUUUGCCACGGUCAACUAUUUCACCAAGAGGGGCUACGCCUGGGACGGUAAAAGUGUGGUGCCAGAGAAGCAAAAGAAGAAGAAGGAGUCCCUCCUAAAGAAGAACAACACCACAGCCUACCCAGCUGCCACUGCUACAGCAUUCGCCCCCAAUAUUGCCAGGGACCCUGGAUUGGCCACUAUUGCCAAAAGCGCCCCACCCCCUCCAACUGAGCCCAAGGAGGAGCCAAAGCCCAAGCCUCCAGAGGCCAAGAAGACCUUUAACAGUGUGAGCAAGAUAGACAGGAUCGCCAGAAUAGCCUUCCCACUGCUCUUUGGAACCUUUAACUUGGUCUACUGGGCAACCUACUUGAAUAAGAAGCCCAAAUUGCAGGGGAUGAAUCCACACUAAUCCAUGUUUAAUUCCUUUUAUUAAAUUAUAACUGUAAUUUAUCUUCUUUUAUUUUUUUUUCAUUUUCUUUCUUAUUUCUCCUCAAAACAGGUGUUUAUUUUCAGACAAACAUGGUGUCCAUGCUGGUUUGAAUUCCCAGUUGUUGCAUUGCUUCUAUGUUUACCUAAAGUUUGACUUUGAAAAAAACUUAAUAGAGAAAAAAAAAAAAAGAAAGAUAAGGAAACCGAUUUCUGAAAGGGUGUUGUUCAGGUCUCAGAUGAUGCUACUAAGAAAAUGCUACUAUAAAUAUAUAGCCAAGAGAAUGCUAUUCUACAACUGCACAUGGCCCACACUUGUUUAGGGGCUUUUGUUUCUAUGUUUGUUUUCCUUUGUUUCAACUUGAUUUAAAACAUGGAAUCACAGACACGGUAAAAAAGGCACUUGUGUAUAUGCAUGGUCAGGGCAUCCUAUUAUUUAUGUUUUAUUUAUUCAAAAAUUCAAAGAAAGCUCAGUUCAUUUGAUAUGAGCAGCAAGAUGCUACGCUAAGUCUCUGUCAAAAUGUCUUCAAUUCUCUGUAGGUGUUAGAUUAAUUAUUUCAUCCUUAAAAAUACUUUAGGGGUUUCUGCAAUAGCAAUAAAACAUGUCUCAGUGGACACACCAUUUAUUUAGAGUAAAAAAAAAAUCUAUCAUCUCUGAGCUCAGCAUUGAAAAUAUUCUUAAUUUUUUUCACAGCGUUGUAAAUAUUACCAAGAGUUAGAGAUGUCGAUAUUAUGUUGAAGCUUUGCAGAGUGUAACUAAAGGCUAUGUUUAUUGAGUAAACUCUAUUUAUUUUUGUUUAUGUUUAUGUUACAUUCUUUUAAAGUAUAAACUGGUCUUAUUCAUGCUUAAGUGACUGUUUCUUGCCACGUUAGCAUUCCAUUCAAAAGCUGCUCUCACACUGAAGUUCAAAUUAUUUCAAUGUGUGUCUGCGUGUCACACACUGACGGCAACAACAGCAACGAUGACAACAUAUACAACAGUGAAAACUGAAAUUGGCUAGCAAUGAGUAAGAAUGUAAAAAAAAAAUCAUCUCGAAUCCUGGAGUGCAUUUUAAAUAUAUAGUAUGAGAACACUCAUUAUUAACAUAUUUUGUUGUUUUUAUCAACGGUGGGGGCCUCAUUCGCCAAAAGCGCCAUUUAAAGCAAAGUACGCUUAGCUUCGCUUAAAAAGGGGCGGGGCACAAUGAGUCGGGGGAGAAGUGCCUUUUCCAUUUUCAGAGUCGAAGCUUUGAUUGGCUGCUACUUUGUUGAUUGAUGGCGCAUCUGUGUUUUCCAUCCCACUGUGUCCCCAACUCCUUAAUUUACCAUAGUUCCCUUUUUUCUAUUUUUUUUUGGUCAAAAAAUUGAGACGUAUAACACUCAGAAAGUACCAGCUACACUGCCUUCAGUAUCACAUGCCCGUUUGGACUCAUUUGUUGCUGCUUGUCGGUGAGCAACAGCGAGAGACAGGGACAGAACGAGACUAAGAGAUAGAGAGAGAGAGGGGGAGAGAGAGAGAGAGAGAGAGAGAGAGAGAGAGAGAGAGAGAGAGAGAGAGAGAGAGAGAGAGGGGACGUUGACUUGAAGGGGCACUGUAAUCUUGCUUUAGCCGGCGCUGUGUUUCACACAGAGGACUUGUCUUGUAGUUCUACGAUAGUGACGAAGAUGAAUAUAUUUUUGUAGCAUGAUGUCAAUCCCUCUUCCGAGAUAAAAAAAAACAAACCAACAGAACCUAACGCAAAUGUGAAAAGAAUGCUUUUGUUUGUUUUGUCUUAGACAUUGCUUGCUCUUUUUUUUUUCUUUGAACAUAUUAACACACUUUUAAAGGAAAUGCUUCUUCUCUGACGUGGCAUGUUGAGGUUUCUGAACAGUCCAUUUUAGAUUACGUUAAUGUAGCAAUAUUACUUAGCAAGGGCUUAUCUUAGGACCUGAACCUGACACUCAGUUUGGGGGAAAAUAUCCAUUGUAGCUUUACAUUGACCCAUCUCAUCCUCGUGGUUUUAUUUGUGUACUUUACAUGGGAAUCCAGGAGCUAUUUAGAACAAGAGUCAUCACGUCGUGUGUCCAUCCUGAGUUCCGAAAACCUUUGGCUCCUAUUCCUCGACAUUUCUUGCCAGAGAGUGGGGGGGUGCAUUGUAUUGCAUUAUGAGUUGUGGGCGUGCUUCUUUUGAAUAUGUUUUACAGGGCACUGAACAGGCCAAAAGGCAUCUAGGAAACUUGCAGGAUUCUCUGUGUGUUUGUGCGCUGAGGUGAGGAGAUCAAGCAAACCCCAGAGGGAAAACGAAAGGGAGGUUGGAGGUUGUUGCUAUUGUUAUUAUUUGCAUUAUCAUUAUGAACCUUUUUCCCGUUACGGUGGAUGUCUUUGCAAACCUUUGCAAGUUGUCCACUGUAAACAGCCACUUAAUCUGCAGGUAGAGGGUCAAGGAACUGUAUAGUUCAGGGUGAAGAGUUAUAUAAAGAUAUUUGAAUUCUAAACUAUUGUAUGUAUGUUGAUUAUCAUGAAGAAAAACUCUAUAUACAUAUGUAAAAUACAUAAAGCAUACAGUAUUUGAUUCUAUUAUUGAAAAUAUUAGCUAAGAUGAUGAUGAAUAUUUGUUUGUAUUAUCAACCUAUUGUUAUGCAUUUUGCACAUUUAGCAAAACAAUAACAUUACAUUUAUGUAGUCAGCUUCGUGCUAUGCAAGGACAGCUUUGAACCACAUCAUCGACCUUCUCUCCCUGACCAUUGUGUUUCAGAUUUACAAGCUAUUAUAAAAAAAAGAAAAAAGAAAAAAGCUUAGCUUUUAUAUCAGCUGCGCACACAUCAGCGUUAUUGUUUUUUUUCUUUUCAUUCAAACAUGGCUAUACAGGGUGUCAUCAAAGAAAAAACAGUGGAUUAUCACUUUUGUUUGCGCUUUGGAUUUGUAGGUGGUUGAAGGGAAAAUUGCUUUCAUUGUUGAUUGCACUAUUUCUCCAGAGACAUGCAAUAAAGUGAUGGAACAAAGAAAAAAAAAAGGAGCAAAAACUGUAACAAGAUCACCUUGUUAACAACAUUUCUGUUCAGUUCUUGAGCUUGUUUGUCAUUACAAAGAUGGAGGCUGGUGAAAAUGUACUUUUUUGCUAAAUGGAUCAUUUUGUUUCUGUUCUGCUAUCCGAAGCUAUAUUACAGGGAGCACCAGCUAGUGUUGACUUUGAGGGGGGAAAAAACAGUGAAUUUUGUACACAUUUCUGUUGGGAAUAUCUUUGCUAAGACCCUAUCUUGUACACGAAGCAGGAUCGAACAAAUGCUGUAGACCAUUUGCAAAUCUUUUUUAAAGCCAGGUCUGGUUUUGCUACAUUUACUGCUCCAGAGAGAGAAUGUGAAAUAUGAGGCACAGUGCAAUCAUGAGCUUCCAACUUUUACCUUCACAGUCAUAUGCAGAGCGAUCAUGUAAAUAUCACAUUUGUAGGCACAUCACUCAUUUUAUUUCAUGUUUAAUGCAAGGUCCAUUGCAGUUCUCAGCAGCACUUGCUUUUCAACAUUGAGUCUUUUGUUAUUCCUAGAUACCUACUGGAGUUUUUUCUUGUAUUUUUAUCAAGCAAAAUAUGUUCUGAUUUUCACUGAAAUGUAAUAAAAAAAAACUAAUUUUCUAAAGCACAAACGUUGAUUAGACUACGAGAAAUAGAGUGAGACUGUACACAUAUGGACAUACACACUUUCAGACAGACACACAUACCCCCACACACACACACACACACACACACACACACAGUACACAGGAAUGUGUCGGUAGUUCCAUGAUACUGACAAAGGGUUCUGAUGGAUGUAGAUGAACUGGUGAACCUUCUGUAAAUGUUUUUUCUUUCUUUUGGUUAUGAUAUGGCCCUGUAGAAUCUGAUUCUCUGCAUUAGUCUUUAAAUAAAAAGAAAACAAAUGAAA